AUGUUCUGUGACGGCCCCUGCUGUUGGUCGUGCGGAUGCUAUGCCGCCAAGACGAAGCUCGCCGGACGGGUGGCUGUCGUGACCGGCGGCAACGCAGGAAUAGGUAAGGCGACGGCGCGGGCGCUGGCCAAACUCGGCUUUGGUACGGUGGUCGUUCUGGCUCGAAGCAGAAGCAAGGCUCAGGCGGCGAUCAAGGACAUUCGUGAGGCGUCAUGCGCCUCGGUCUCUACCGAUCGCACCACGCUCAAGGCUCGGGUGGUGGACUUGGCCGAUCUCGACUCGGUCGCCAACGCCGCCCGCAAGCUCCUCCGCGACCUGGACCGCAUCGAUGUCCUCAUCAACAACGCCGGCAUCAUGGCCUCGCCCUACGCCACUACUCCGGCUGGCGUCGAGAUGCAGUGGGCUACGAAUGUUCUCGGCCACUUUGUCCUCACCCUUCUCCUCGCUCCGCUCAUGAUCGAGACCGCCAGCGACCGCCUCAACCGCUUUCCGCCGCGCAUCAUCAACCUCUCGUCAACAGCACACUACGGCGGCGUGCCCAACAUCGACAAUCUGCUCUCGGCCUACCGCGGCGGCGACGCAUACACCCCGUGGGGAGCGUACUCGGUCUCCAAGUUUGGCAACGUCCUCCUCACCCAGGCCCUCGCCCGCCGCUUCGAGGCGCUCGGCUUUGGUUCCACGAUCCAAGUCGCCUCGGCCCACCCGGGUGUCAUUCGGACCGGGCUUUGGCAGCAUCAGUCGAUCCUGGCGUGCCUCAUGUGCCCUUGCACGCUCAAGGGCGCCCGCGACGGCGCCAAGCCGGCCAUCAACCUCGCCCGUGCCGAUGCCAUCACCUCGGGCGCAUUCUACAUGCCGACUUGCUGCUUUGUCACCUCGAUUGGCUCCGACGACGCCACUUACUCGGUCACUCGCCAGGAAGAGGUGUGGAACGUGCUCACCGCUCAGGCUCGCCACACCUUUGGCGUCGAGCGCUGGACCGAUCUCACCGCCAACAACCUUCUCCUGCGGCCGCCGCCGCGCGGCUCGUCGUCGCAGUGGUCUUCGACAUCAUCUGAUCCGUCGACUACAUGCGAGACAACACCUGUCAAGCGCCGUGGCCGCCGGCGCAAGUCAUCGCGCGCCCGCUCGCCGUCAACCUCGUCGCCGUCGUUGGGCUCAGCCGCCUCAUCCGCGAUCUCGUCGCGCUCGUUCUCGGCCUCGUCGUCAACCGACACCCCGUGGUGGACCGGCGUCAAUGUCAGCGCCGGCGUCGACGCAUGGCUGGCGCACGCUGCUGCUAUCGGAUACAACCACUCGCAGACGGCGUGCGAUGGCUGCUGCCUCAUCCCUCACAUGCUCCCGUGCUGCUGCUACAACUGCUGUUGAUUUGACAUGUGUGGGCUCUGCACCUACUACCGCGUGGACGUGUUCCACUGGUCCCAGUACGCUUGGGUCGGCUGGUUAGUGUACAGCUUGUUGUUGAUAAACUCCUGGCGCUGCC